CAUGGGUACACAUACCCACCUUGCCGCAGGUGACUCUUAAUCAAGAUCAAGAAUAUCAUCAUUUAAUGACCCAAAACCCGCUAACCCAGAUUAAACUUGGUCUCAAAACAACUUCAGCAAAAAAAUGCUUUUUCAUUUCAAUAAACGCAGAAUCGGCGUACCUGACGGUAGUGAAUUUAAUUUCAGUGAACAUGCCAAAAUUUAGGUGAAAAAAAUUGAGCGAUGAAAGUGAGUGUGCUGCUGGUCUGCCUGAUUUGGUUUAAAGUGAAUUUUUCGGUUCCCGUGGAAGAUUUGGAUAUCUUUGCCGAAGAGGUUGUACAAAAUGAGGUUGAGAAGGGUAAUUUUAGCAACAUGCCUGAUAAUAUUAGAAGAAUACCGAGAGUUUUGAAUUUUUUCCCAAUACCAUUUGUAGCAGAAUGUAAAGCAAACGAUGGCAGAAGAAGAGGUAUUUGUAUGAAUACUUAUGAAUGCAGAAUAGAAGGAGGAAAAUCCUAUGGAUUUUGUGCUUUAGGCUUUGGCGUUUGCUGUGUUUUCAGAGCCACGUGCAAACAAGAAGUGAUAAACAAUCUUACCUACUUUGUUAAUCCGGAUUUUCCAGAUUUAACCAGGGGAAUGUCCUCUUGCAGUUUAAAAGUUAAGAAAAUCGAAUCGGAAGUAUCACAGAUACGAUUUGACUUUAUUCAUUUUAAUUUGGGUCAACCAAACCGCAAAACAGGUAUUUGCGAAGAAGAUGUUUUUAAAAUAACUGGGGAAAAUACUACUAAAGACCUUAUUAUUUGUGGAAUGAAUAGUGGACAACAUGUAUAUGUGGAUGUUGAAAAUAUAGACGAGUUGAACGUUGAAAUGACUUUAAGCAAAAAAGCAGUAUCCAGAAUAUGGGAAAUUAUAAUAACACAAGUGUCCUUUUCAGAAGGAUCUCCUCCGGGAUGCUUACAAUAUUUUACUGGUAGGUAUGGAACAGUUCAAACGAUGAAUUUUGCUGAUAAUGGUCGCCAUCUCGCAAAUCAAGACUACAAUAUCUGCAUCAGGCAAGAAGAGAAUAUGUGUAGUAUAACCUAUGAGCCUUGUCAUGAGAAUGCUUUUAGAAUAUCUCCAAAUUCGGAAGAUACCACAAUAAAUACAAACCUUCUAGCUGAAGGGUCUGGGGAUGGCGAAAGCGAUGAUUUAAGAGAAUCUUUUAGAGCUAUCGAAAUGUGUAACGAUAGAAUUAUUCUGCCAUGUGAUACUGAAGAACUAAUAAUGCCAGGUAUGUUUAACCUAGCUCCAGGAUCUUGUAACCUCAUACAUUGCGGUCUCUCCCUUUGCCCCUCAGGAAAUGACCCAUGCAAAAUUGAAAGUAGUGCAACUCCAUUUAAUAUCGGUGUGCAUUUUGGAAAUAGUGCUAAACCUGUUUCACCUGAAGACAAUUUGGGAAUGUGUUUGAAUUAUGAGCAAAUACCAUGUGAAUAAAUUAUUGUAAUAGUUAAAACUAGUUAGAGACCAAAUUAGUAUUACUUAUUAUUUAAAUAUAUAAAAUAUAAAUGAUCAUUAUAUCUUUAA